UCUUCCUCCUCCUCCAUUCUCACACUGCUAUGCAGGACAAUCGCUCCUGUCUGCAAUAAAUUUCUCCUAUCCGCUUGUACUCACCAUCUAACAUACAAACACCUACCCACGCACCUUUCUGGCCCGGUACCUUGACAUAUACCAUUACUUCCCUAAUCCGCAAAUACAGACAUACUGCGCUGCAUGGCAUCUAAAGAUACAGUCUUCGCCGCAUCCAACGACACCAUGGUCUCCCUCCCUACCGAUCCCUCUCCUCAAAGCGAGAAAGGUCAUAAUCAGAGUGCACCAGCCGCACAGUCACUGUCUCACUCCACUGUCGAUCCUGCUACUCUGUCCAAAUUCCAGCAGUUCUCACUCAAAUGUCAGCCCUUGAUGCUGUACGUCGUCUCGCUUGCGCAGUUCCUAGACAUCGUCAACGGCGCCAGUAUGACCGUGGCUAUGUUACCAAUCGCGAAAGAGCUGCACUUUGAGGUUCAACAGCAACAAUGGCUCAUCAGCUCUUAUGCAUUAUCGUUCGGAGGUCUUCUGCUGAUCGCUGGACGUAUGGGGGAUUUAUUUGGACAUCGUAGAGUGUUCUUGUAUGGUUUAUUCUGGUUCGGACUCUGGUCGAUGGUCAAUGGAUUCUCAAAGUCACCCGUCAUGCUUUGCAUCUCAAGAGCUCUCCAGGGUGUUGGCGCUGCCGCACAAAUUCCUACUGCCCUCGCCUUGAUUGCUAUUAAGUAUCCCGCAGGCGAAGAAAGAACCCGUGCCCUGUCUGUCUUUGGUGCCAUUGGAGGUAUGGGUGCUGUCACUGGUCUGUUGUUGUCGGGAGCCUUGACCUCGACGAUUGGAUGGCAAUGGGUCUUCUUCAUUUCUGCGAUUAUGAGUGCUAUCCUCUUUGUCCUCGGUUUCUUCGCCAUUCCUGACGUCCCUGGGCUCCAUGGCGAGAAGCCAAGGAUCGAUUUUGGUGGUGCCGCCACUGCUACAGGAGGUAUCGUCUGCGUGAUCUACUAUAUUUCAUCAGGAGUUGAGACAGGCUGGGCUAGUCCACAAACCCUGCCUGUGCUCUGCGUCGGUCUUGUCCUGUUGGUGGCCUUUAUCUUCAUCGAAAAGCGCAUCUCAUACCCGAUCAUGCCUUUUCACAUCUGGAAACACCGCGCUUUCUCGGUCAGCUUUCUCCUGAUCUUCAUCAUGCAGGCCGCCUUCCAGGGAUUCCUUUACUACAGCACGCUGAUCUUCCAGGAGGUGAUGGGAUAUGCGAUUAUGAAGACUUCGCUUUCGUACUUGGUCCAUGGUCUGACGGCCGUUGUCGUAUACUCUAUCCUGGGCAAGUUCUUGCCGAGGUUGCCAUUGAAGCCCUUCAUUGCCGCUGGAUUCCUGUUCCUGUCGUGCUCGGCUUUGAUGUUUGCAUUCGUAACACCGUCCAGCAACUACUGGAUCCUGCCCUUUCUGUCGUUGAUCGUGAACGUUUUUGGUCUGGGUAUGGUCAUGUUGCCUGCCCAGGUUACUGCCCUCAGAGAUGCUGCGGACGAUGACCAGGGUGUUGUCGGCGCCAUUUAUAAUGUUGGACUCCAGGUAUGACGCGAAGCAAAAAACAAUAACAACAACAACAACAACAACAACAACAACAACAACAAGCAACUACGAACGAAAUCAUGUACGCAAAAGAUGUCGAAGGUCCAGAUAUC